GCCUCCCGGGGGCGGGGAGGGAAGGAGGGAGGACGGACUGAACGAGGCGGAAUACGGGCGGCGGGCGAGGUGACAGCGGGCUGCGAGGGGUGACGUGAGGGCAGAGGAAGGAGGACACGCGGUGAAAAAAGUGUGCGCGGCGCUUCUCUCCGGAGCGCCUUCGGAAAGGUUUCAGUCCCCUACCUCUUCACAGUGAAGUGGCGCGAUGUCGCGGGCGCUGGCGGAGGAGGGAGCGGGCGGCUCCCGGAGCGGCGGCUGGGGGCUGCUGGUCACGGCCGGCCUGGGAGGGACCCUGGCGGCCCUCUAUGCCGUGGCCACCCCCUUCGUCACCCCGGCCCUGAGGAAGGUGUGCCUGCCCUUCGUUCCUGCUACCGCCGCUCAGAUCCAGAAUGUGCUGAAAAUGCUGGAAAACAGAAGUGGCUCCCUAGUUGACAUUGGUAGCGGGGAUGGCCGCAUUGUGAUAGCAGCUGCAAAAAAGGGAUUCCAGGCUGUCGGUUAUGAAUUGAAUCCCUGGCUAGUCUGGUACUCCAGAUAUCGUGCCUGGAGAGAUGGGGUACAUCAGAACACCAAAUUUUAUAUUUCAGACUUAUGGAAGGUUUCUUUUUCCCAUUAUAGAAAUGUUGUUGUUUUUGGAGUACCUCAGAUGAUGCCACAGCUGGAGAAGAAGCUGGAAGAAGAACUUGAAUGCAAUGCCAGAAUCAUUGCCUGUCGCUUUCCUUUCCCUUGCUGGAUUCCAGAUCAUACUACUGGAGAGGGAAUAGACACUGUGUGGGCCUAUGAUUUGAAACAUUCUAGAGGAUGUGAAACAAAAAGCUUGGAAAUCACACCAGAGACAGAAUCUUAAACAUCUAAUUUGGUUUCUUACAGAAAUUUUUAGCUUUGACUGGACCUGUCAAAGAUAAGAUUAAUGUGGAGAUAGCCCUGGCAUAUGAAGAUGUGUAUUCACUGUAAGAGCUGAAGUACAGUGAUUGUCUGAAACCACACAAAGAUUCUUGAAAGGUGGAGUUAAAUGGCUUAAUGUGGUGUUCUGGUUUAACCCCAUCUAAAAGUGAAGUACCACACAGAUAUUCACUCACCCCAGUCCCCAGAUUCCCCAGUAAGAUGGGAAAGAAAGCUAAAAUAAAGGUCAUACCCAUGUCCAUGGAUUGAGAUAGGAAUAGUUUAAUAAUUGAAAUGAAUUUUUGGAUAAUAAUAACAAGAGAGGAGUAAAACCCAAGAAAGAUGAUUGAUGCACAAUACCCUUGCACACCACCCAGUGAUGGAUGCCCACCCAAUCCCAGAGCAGUGACUGGUCCCUCCUUGCCAACUCUCCCCAGUUUAUGUACUGGACAUGAUGUUCUAUGGUGUGGAAUAUUCCUUUGGCCAGUUCAGCCAUGCUUUCUCCUGGUUUCUUGCAGACCUCCUUGUUGGCAGAGCCUGAGAAACUAAAAAGUCCUUGGCUUGGAGUAAGCACUGCUCAGCAUCAACUAAAACCAUUAGUGUGUUAUCAGCAUUAGUCUUUUCUAAAUCCAAACCACAGUGCUGUACCAUCUAAUAGGAAGGAAAUUAACUCCCAGCUGAAAGCAGAAUAUGUAGUUAGUCAAAAUUAUGAGAGUUUUUAUAGAAGUGAAAAAACUUCAAUAUGAAAAAGGGGUUAGAACAUAAUUCACUACAGUUAAGGGGAAUAUAUGUAUAAGUUUAAAUGCUCAAAUUUGUGAACUUAAUGUAUACAUUCUUUCUGAUGCUACAGAGCAUUUGGUACUGGUGUUGGAAUGGUGUGCAAGUGGCUGCUCAAAUGAACUGUAUUUCCAAAAUGUCUGAAUUAUGAGUGCCAAGUACAUAAUGCUGCAUCCACAAAACUGGUCCAGAUGGAGUAUGAUGAUGACACCAAUGUUUCACACCGCAGCCUUCAAUGUGUACUUUUAAAAGUUGAGUAUGACAAAUAUAACAAGUUGUUUGUUCAUUAAUACAAGUACUGCCUCUCAUUAUAUUAAUGUAUUUUUAUUUAACUUGUGUUCUAUUUUAGCAUCAGCUGGAAAAUAAACUUGAAGUAAGCUGCUGCCCUUCUCGUUUGCCUCUUUCAGUGAGGGAGGGGCUAAAGCAGAAAUUAUGGUUUGAGGUAGCAAUUUACUAAAAGCACAAAGCAAGAGUAAGACAUGGCACAG